AUGGCCUCAUUCGAUAUUCCCCGUUCUAUGCGGGCUCUGGAAUAUUCUGCGGCCCGCCAAUUCAGCAUUGUGCAAAAACCUUUGCCAAAGAUAAGAGAUCACGACGUUCUAAUCAAAGUAAAAGCAUGCGGAGUAUGUGGCACCGACCUACACAUCCACGACGGCGAGUUUGGAGCACAAGUACUAUCCCCCUCCCCCCAGACUAUUUUCUUAAAUUCUUGCCAACUUUCCCAGUUCCCUCUUGUCCCGGGCCAUGAAACAGUGGGAACAGUCGCGGCCUUAGGCGCCUCCGUCCACGGCUUCACGCCCGGCGACCGGGUCGUCGCCGACAACUCCGAGCUCUGCGGGACAUGCCACUACUGCCGCCUGGGCAACGGCAAAGAACUAUUCUGCGAGAACUUCAUCGCGCACGGCGUGAUGGUUGAUGGCGGAUUCGCCGAGUACGCCGUGUACCCCGCUGCGCGGGUAUUCAAAUUCGCAAAUCUGUCAGACGCCGACGCGACGCUGAUAGAGCCCGCGGCGUGUGCGGCGCACGGGAUUGAUAGAAUCGCGCCGGCCAUGAACUCGCGUGUUCUCAUUUUUGGCGCGGGGCCGACGGGCUUGAUGCUAGCGCAGCUGUUGAGGCUGAAUGGAGCAAGUCAUCUUGUUAUUGCUGCGCCGGCGGGGUUGAAGAUGGAUCUUGCGAGGGAGCUGGAUGCUGCUGAUGAGUACUUGGUUCUUUCGAGGGAUGGAGAGGCUGCGGAUGGGACGUUGGAGAAGCUGCGGGGUGAGAAUCCGUAUGGGUUUGAUGUUGUUGUUGAGGCGACGGGGAACGCGCGGGUCCUGGAGAAGGCGAUGGAUUUUGUGAGCAGGGGCGGCAAAUUGGUGGUUUAUGGUGUCUACGAUGAUGAUGCGCUUAUUGCGUUGUCGCCGAAUAAGAUCUUCAAGGAGGAGAUUCAGGUAAUUGGGUCGUUUUCGCAGAUGUAUAAAUUCCCCGCGGCGAUUGACUAUCUGGAGAAAAAGAUCAACGUCCGUGGGAUCGUCAAUCGCACUUUUAAACUGGAGGAAUGGGAGCAAUGUCUUGAAGCGAUGAGGAACAAGUCGGUCAUCAAAGCUGCGAUUGUGUUUUAA